GCGUGAGUCAAUCAUUCCCGUCUCAAAAUAAUGAAAAAAUUUCUACUGUGAGCACUCAUUGAAGACAGUGACAUUUUCCACUCACUAAAUAACCUAUUUUUUUGUUUUCACAACUAAUUAUCAUAAUAUUUGGAUGGGUUAGAUGAAAACAUGCUGUAAGAAUCACAAGAAAAAAAAGAUCUGUCUUCAUUGACCUAACCUCAAAUUUACCUAUUGUUAUGGCUGAAGGAAAAAUUGGUAAUAAGAUGCGUACAAAUCAAAAUUUCGUCUUGAGAUACAUGGCCAUAUUCGAAACUUGAAAUCUCAUCCUGAGUUCAUUUGGAGUAUACAAUAUAAAUAUUUACCUAUGUCUGAUUCUAGACGAAACAGUUUUAAAAUGAAUGGUUCAAAUAGUAACACACCAUUUCUUAUUGGUGUUUCUGGAGGUACAGCCAGUGGAAAAAGUACAGUAUGCAAAAGAAUAAUGGAGAAGCUUGGACAAGAAAACGUAAAUCAUGCGGAGAGACAGGUAGUGUGCAUAUCACAGGAUAGCUUUUAUAGAGAUCUAACACCAGCCGAAAUGGCAAAAGCAGAAAAGGGUCAAUUCAAUUUUGAUCACCCUGAUGCAUUCAAUGAAACACUCAUGAAAGAAACAUUGUUGGAUAUUCUUGCUGGAAAAAUUGUCAAAAUACCCAUAUAUGAUUACAAAAGUCAUACGCUAUUGAAAGAUGAACUAAUUACGAUAUAUCCUGCUGAUGUUGUAUUGUUUGAGGGAAUUCUAGUAUUCUAUUUCCCAGAAGUUCGUAAACUAUUCCAUAUGAAGCUUUUUGUGGACACACAUUCAGAUACAAGAUUAGCCAGAAGAGUGAAAAGGGACAUAGGUGAAAGAGGAAGGGAACUGGAACAAGUUCUUAAUCAGUAUAUAAAUUUUGUGAAACCAGCUUUUGAUGAUUUUUGCUUACCAACUAAGAAAUUUGCUGACGUUAUCAUUCCUCGUGGAGCUGACAAUGUUGUUGCAAUUGACCUAAUUGUUCAGCAUAUAAGAGAAUUAUUAGCUGGUGGUUCAAGGAUUGCAAAGUUUGAACAACCACAGAAUACUGUUAAUACUGAAUCGCCAUCAAGAAGAAUUAUUACUACUGGUGAUCCACUUCAUAAGAGACCCCAUUAGAUCAACUGUUUACAAAAAAAUAAUAAUUAAAUAUAAUUAUUUAUAAUUGUAUUCCAUCAAUCACAAAAAGUAGCAAUAUCCCUACAAAUAAGCAUAUCCUCAUGUUAUUGAAUAUUUUUAGAUUGAAUAUCGUAAAGUUUUAGUAAGUGGUGACGUUAUUUUCCACUCGUCAAUUAUUGCCAAUUCAAUUUCAAUAGAUGUUUUCCAUGGAUAUGUUCAUUCGAUAAUGUUAACUGAAAUUGAUUCGACAAUGGCUGAUGAAAGAGAAAAGUUUUGUGACAACAAUUAAAUGAUGCCAAUUUUUCCAAUUCGCAGUUGCACUUGAUUGUUCAUAAGAAAUAUUAUGCUUGUUUGAGUUUUAGUGAUAGUAUUUAGUUCAUAAUUAUAGUCGUACAAUUUUUAAUUUUUGAGAUAUUUGGAAGAGUUAGUAAACCUUAGGCUUAAUAAACAAGUGCUUUAUUUUGUGAAAUGGCUUGAUAUUUUCGAUCAUAACAUGUUUUAUUAUUUGUUGGUCCUGGAGUUGUCUAUUUUAUUUAUUUGCCAUCAGAUAUUUCAACUUGUUGUUUGUUUUUGUUUUCCAUUUUUUACUUGUUGUUUAUUUUUAUAGCGUAUGUUAAUCUACCAUUAUUAAUUAGUUUUCGUAUUUUUUUUUUCUGACAUGUUGUUUCUUUUAUGAUAGUUUUAAGAAUUUAUUUUCCAUGUCUAUUCGAAACAAAUUUUUCAUUGAGGGUAUUGAGGAAUAAGGUGUUUUUUUCAUCGAUAACCUAUUUGCCAAAAAUUCAAUCAGGAUAAUGUUGAGGGUGUGUAAUAUUUUAUUGAUACCAUCAAAAGAAAUUUAUUUUCAGGAAAUAGGAAAUAAGAUAAAAAAAAUUUCAUUAUUGCUCCUUUUUUAAUAACUUGCAGUACUAGUUAUCAAAACUUGUGUAUGAAUUUCAAUUAUGAGUAAUUACACAAUUCAAACCAUGACAAUGAACACACACAUACAUACUUUUACCUUCAAAAGAAAAUUUGUUUGUAGACCAAAUAUUUUAUUAUAAGUAUGAUAUUUCAUGUUUACCUCAUUUUGUUGAUACAAAAAUAUUUUCCUGAAAUACAAUUUACUUUAAUACUA